UCUCAGGCAUUAGGGUUUCGCUCUGCAUUUCAAUCUUCGAUAGCUAAAGUUUUUUUUUUCAGUGAUCAGGACACUAUUAGCAGAUCAAUGGCUUCAAGAUUAGUUUCUAAAUGUUCUCGAGUUGGCUGUUCAUUGUUGGGAGGACUUGGCAACAAUCUUUCUGGUUUAAUGGGUACUUCAAAUCAAAUUACUUCCAGUAAUUUUAUGUCUCAGCAACUAAGAACGUUCAUACAAAUGAGGACGGUUCUGAAAGUUGUUGACAAUUCUGGUGCGAAGAAGGUGAUGUGUAUACAAGCAUUGAAAGGGAAGAAAGGGGCGAGAUUAGGGGACACGAUAAUUGCAUCCGUAAAAGAAGCUAUGCCAAAUGGGAAAGUGAAGAAGGGAAAGGUCGUGUAUGGUGUCGUGGUGCGGGCUGCAAUGCAGCGUGGCCGCUGCGAUGGGAGUGAGGUCAAGUUUGACGACAAUGCUGUUGUACUGGUUGAUAAGCAAGGUCAGCCAAUCGGGACCAGAGUAUUUGGGCCAGUUCCGCAUGAGCUACGGAAGAAAAAGCAUGUUAAGAUCCUUACUCUUGCACAGCAUAUCGCCUGAGGCGUAAUCUGUUGCUAUAAAAGUAACUGUCGUAUUCGAUGGUCUUUGAAUGCUUCCGCUUUCUAUUGUAUUUUGAAGGAGAAGUUUUGAGAUGAGGAACAAAUUGUUUGAGGGUUUGGGAAAGAUUGCUCUCUUUAGUGGAUCCAGAUGAAACCCUUUAUGUUUAGCUCACAAUUUGGUGUUUUUCAGGAGCAAUGAAAUACAAUAUGUUCAGAUUAUCUUACAUGAACACAUACCAAAGGAUAAUAUCAGCACUCAUCUUCAUAAAUAGGCAAAACAUUUUUUGAUC